AUGCAGUCACAGCAAAGACAUAGUCUACUAGACCUUCCUCCGGAGCUAAUCAGGCCUAUAAUCCGUCAUGCUCUGAAGAUUACCUGGCUGCGCGACUCGGUGAAGCUGAGACAGGUCAAUCGGCUGUUUGAAAGCGAGGUUAUGGCUGUCAUCGAGGAGGAGAAGCUGCUGUGCUCAUUCGAUACAGGCGUUGUCAGGACAAGAGGGGUAGGCUUCUUCGGUCGAAUGAUCCAAGCCGACUUCAUGGCUGCCUACUUGCUCCGCCGUCCUCAUAAACAUACGUACUGGAAUUCCAACAUCUCUGUGUUGCUCAACUCUCUGGUCGAUGAGAUUAUGGCUCUCGAUGGCGUACCCGUGGAUGACGUUCCCACGAGGUACCAGCAUCUACUUGCGUUGAGCUGCGUCGUCCGACAGAACAACGACUACCUCUACGUCAUCAUCACUGGCCGGCCUGUGCUUCAAUGUGAGCAGUCGAGACGAAUCAUCGACGGGAACUUGCGAACCCGGAAUAACAUCUUCGGCACUUAUCUGUGCUGCGCCCUCUGGGGUCGGCAGCAUGAGCUGGCAAGAUACAUCCUCGAGAAGAGUUACGAAAACAGCGGCCUACGGGCGCAUGCAUCGGUGCAUCGGGCGCUUCAAACAGCAGUUGUCAAUGGCGAUCUGACAUCAGUCCAGCUACUCCUGGAGCCCGCAUGGGGACACAAUACUAGUGGCUCCAAUUACCAAAAAGUGCUUGUUCUAUCCAUCCGCCUCGGACACCGCAGGAUUGCAGACCUUCUCUUGUCUCGGGCCCAUGGUGGACCCAUGCAUGACGUCGCGCACAAUGGGUUGCGUGAGGCAUGUUUCAGUGGUGACCUGCAUCUUGUCCGACGACUCCUGGACCGCAGUCCUGAUAUCUGCCUCGACACAAACCGGCAAUGUACGUCAACUUUUGGGGCAAAACCUGCCUUCUUCAGUUACUCGAAGCGUGCAACGCCAGUGGAAGCGACUGCAAAGCAAGGCCAUGAAGAUAUACUGAAGCUCCUGAUUGAACGAGGCGCCAACCCCGACGGCUUGGGAUGCUUCCGCGGUGAUAGGGAGAGCGAGGAUGAGGAGCUCCCAGAGCCAGGUUCGCUUUCUUGCGCAGCGUGCGGGGGCCACAUUGGCAUUGCGAAGAUACUCCUGGGCGCCGGUGUCAAGGUUCUGCCUGAUCAGUGGAAACUCAUCGUUCGGUGCGCCAUCGAGUUCUCGCACAUCGACAUCGUCCGAUAUCUCAUAGUCUCGAAGGCCGUCGACGGAGGACGUCUCUUGAAAGGAGACCCAUUUGUUUUGCGGGAUAUGAUGGCAAUAUCCUGCCGCUAUGGAAGCACCGAAGCAGUCAAGUCAUUCGCUGACAAGGGUGUGCCGGUCGAUGGAUUUUACGAAGCCAGGAGGACACCCUGGAAGGUCGCGCUCGCAUUUGACCAGCGCAGCGUCCUCCAGUUUCUACGAGACUGUGGCGUUAACAUGGUGCACCCAUCACGAGUUCCUCUGAGAGAGUACUUCGAAAGGGACGAGUAUCUUAUGGGUCGUGCCCCCCUUCUGAUGCAUCCGGGCGCACGUGAAGGUAUCUCAUGUUGA